UCCCAACUAUAGUAUGCAGUGUACACUUCCCAGUCAGAGUUGAUUCACUUUGUACAAGCCUUCACAAACUCGCUCUGAUCUUCCGUUAAGUCUACUUCACACGAACGAUGAGUAUAUAGAGAUUCGCCACUUGCAGUGAAGAUCAGUGAUUUGCAUGGUCAGCAAUUUCCUCGGCAUUGACAUUGAACUGCAUUGAUUUGUCUUUCCCACCUCAAUUUUUAUCGCAAUUUUAUAUGACUAUACGUUGGGAGAAAGUGCAAUAAACCCAGUGAAUAGUAUUUACUCAGCGCGCGUAUUUCUCUCAGGCGGGGAAUCUCACGCAAGAAUCGCGGUGCAAUAGUGAGUUUGGGUGGGAAAACUUCGUGUUCGACCUCUGGCCGCGUGCUGAGCCCCAUUCGUUGGUCCAGUCAAAACACUUUUGCUGUUCGUGCCUGAAUCGGCUAUAGAAAGUGCCCGAGAUCCACUCUCACUCAUUCUACAAGAUUCCACUUCAGGAAGAGAUUUCCAGGUGAUUUAAAGGCGCACUAAGGUACGCGAGUGAUCUUCAGUUCGCCAACGACCGCGGAUCAGUUCACAAGUGAUCGUGCUCUGUGUCUCUUCAUCUCUCUAUUGUGGUGCUCAGAUCUUCUCCUCAACAGACAAUGGAUGUCAAUGAGUUUCGUGAAUUUGGAAAAGCUGCAGUGGACUUUGUGGCGGAUUAUCUUGAGAACAUUCGCGAUCAGGAUGUUUUGCCUAGUGUCCAUCCUGGCUAUUUGCACAAAUUCCUCCCAGAAGUGCUGCCAGAACAGCCGGAAAAUUGGCGUGAAGUUAUGAAAGAAAUGGAGAAAUUCAUUCUCCCAGGAAUCACUCACUGGCAGUCACCCAAUUUCCAUGCUUACUUCCCAACUGCCUGCUCCUAUCCAGCCAUCGUGGGAGAACUCCUUUCUUCCGGCUUUGGCAUUGUGGGCUUCAACUGGAUUUGCAGUCCGGCGUGCACGGAACUCGAAGUGAUCGUGAUGGAUUGGUUGGGAAAGCUUCUGGGUCUGCCCGAGGAGUUCCUCAACUGCCACAACGGCCCAGGCGGAGGUGUGAUUCAGGGCUCUGCCAGUGAGUCCAUCCUUAUUGCCGUGCUGGCAGCGCGCGAACAGAGUGUCCGGAAGAUGAAGAUCGAAAACCCAGAGAUGAGCGAGAGCGAUGUCAGAGGUCGUCUUGUGGCGUAUUCCAGUGAUCAGAGCAACAGCGCUGUAGAGAAGGCGGGAAUCCUGUCAGCCAUGCCCAUGCGUCUCCUGACCACGGAUGGUCAGUGCACCCUGCGCGGAGACACGCUCAGGCGUGCCAUUGAGGAAGAUCUGGCUGCGGGUAACAUCCCGAGCAUCUGCGUCGCCACACUGGGCACCACCGGCACCUGUGCCUUCGAUGACAUCGAGGAGAUUGGCCAGGUGUGCCGGGAAUUCAAUGUGUGGCUCCACAUCGACGCCGCGUACGCCGGAGCGGCGUUCUGCUGUCCUGAAUAUCGACACCUUAUGAAGGGCGUAGAGCUGGCGGAGUCCUUUAAUUUCAACGUGCACAAGUGGAUGAUGGUGAACUUCGACUGUUGCGCAAUGUGGCUCAAGAAUGCCGACCUCCUGGUCCAGGCCUUCAACGUCGAUCGCAUCUAUUUGCAGCAUCGCUACCAAGGACAAUCUAAAGCUCCCGAUUAUCGUCACUGGCAAAUCCCCUUGGGAAGGCGCUUCCGCGCCCUCAAGCUCUGGAUCACAUUGCGAACCGUAGGCGCUGAGGCCAUUCGACAUCACAUUAGACACCAGAUCCACCUGGCUCAACACUUCCAGGCCUUGAUCACAACCGAUGAUCGUUUCGAAGUGAUCGGCGAGGCAACGAUGGGCCUAGUUUGCUUCCGUCUUCGCAACGGCUGUGCCGCUACGAAGAAGCUUCUCGAGAAGAUCACAGAGCGCAAGAAGAUCUACAUGAUUCACGGCAACGUUCAAGAAAAGCUUGUGAUCAGAUUCGCCAUCUGUGGCAGAGAUCCUCAGGUGAAGGAUGUAGACUUUGCCGUCGAAGAGAUUCUCUUGGCCCUCACGGAAGUGCAAAUCGCUGCUGAAGAAGUUUCAGAGAAGCUCCGCGAUCGUUUCUCCAAAGAGAUCACCAUUAUGUCGUCCGAAGAGAGGCUCCAGUGAAUUUGAUACAAUUAGUGUUUUUUUUCUUGGUGUACAUAAUUUUACAUUGAAGAUCUUCUAUUUGUAUUUUGGUCAUGUGUGUCUUCUAGAAUUACUUUUAGAGAGAGAGAGAGAGAGAGAGAGAGAGAGAUAUUUUUCCUUUCUUUGUAUUUUUACCAUUUUUGUUUGCAUAAGCUAAGAAACUCUCUGUUUUCGCCACCUUUUUUGAGAAUAAACAGACAUUUUUUCUCAAUACAAAUUUGCUUGUUUGAC